AUGGCGGGCGGCAGAGUAUCCAGGGGCAAGAAAGGAGCCCCCAAGAUGUCCGGCCUCGUGGUGGCGGCUCUGCGGAAUCUGCGCGACGCCCACGGCUCCACGGCCAAGGAGAUCAUGAAGUACAUCAUGGCCGAGUACAACGCCUCCGAGACGACGGUGCAGCGACAGCUCAGGACAGCCUUGAAGCGCGGCGUCGAGUACGGCAUCCUGAAAAAGACGAACGCCGGCUACAGCCUCAACACCGACGCCGAGGUCAUCGGACCCCUCGAUCUGGCGCAAAUGGACGCUUGCAGAAAAAAGAGUGAGCGCAAUCAACGCAUGAGCUGCAGGCCCAAGCGCCGGCCGUGCUGCCCGAAGCCGCGCAGACGCUGCCCGCCCAAGUGCCCGAGACGGCGCAAGAAGAAGCCCUGCGGCACGUGCGCGUCGCGCGGUCGCCGCAGCGACUGCAGCAAGCCCGUGACGCUGGUGCACGAGGGCACGCCCACCCUCGAGGAGGACUCGAGCAGUCGCCAGGACGAGCAGGACCCCGAGAAGCAGAGCGUCGACGGCGACGUCGAGCGACAGCGACAGGGCUCGCGGAGUCGCAGCAAUUCCAAGGGCAUGAAGGGCGGCGGCGGCAAUCGCUCGAGGAGCCAGAGCCUGGCCAACAGUCGCUACUCCGGCAGCGAGACCAACGACGAGGAGAAUCAAGACGACGAAUGA